UACGGUCAUACUGGAUAAAGCUCUCGAGAAUUUUGCAACAAAAUUUCAAACAAAGGUAUUUGGCGAAAUAAAGCCAGAAAAAAAGUAAUUUAAACUGCCAUUGGCAUUGUGAACUGAUGUGGUUCGAGAAAAUAGUGCUUGCCAGGUGCAUCGAUUGUUAGUUACCGGGAAAAACCAUAAGUUCUGAUUGCAAAUUGCAUGUGAAAAAUCCAUACAAUGCGCAGAAAGUGUUUAUCAGUUACACGACACACACACACACGAAGAGAGUAACAGAGAAUUAAAGAAAGAGAGAGAGCACAGCUGUCGCCGGUGCAUGUGAACGCUGCAAGUAUGUGUGAACUUGAGUGGGAGGCGGAAAUAUUGGGAAAAAUUCCUUCGCUUCUCGAUGUCUUAGCUUCGUCCGAUCUCCCCAACAAUAAAAUUUAUCAGACAGAAAAGCACAGGAUCGCACUAACCUAAAAACCUUCAACAGAAAGGCAGAUAAAUUCCAGCAAAAUGGCCAUGUCCAAGGUGAUCCGUGUGCUGGAGAAGUCCAUUGCCCCCUCGCCGCACAGUGUUCUUCUGGAGCACCGCCACAAGAGCGACAGCAUCCUGUUCGAGUCGCAUGCGGUGGCCCUGCUGACCCAACAGGAGACGGAUGUGAUCCGGAAGCAGUACACAAAGGUGUGCGAUGCCUACGGUUGCCUCGGUGCUCUCCAACUGAACGCCGGCGAGAGCACAGUGCUGUUCCUGGUGCUGGUCACCGGCUGUGUGUCCAUGGGCAAGAUUGGUGACAUCGAGAUCUUCCGGAUUACGCAGACCACGUUUGUUUCGCUGCAGAAUGCUGCGCCCAACGAGGACAAGAUCAGCGAGGUGCGUAAGCUGCUCAACUCGGGCACCUUUUACUUUGCUCACACCAAUGCCAGUGCCUCGGCAUCCGGAAACUCGUCGCAUCGGUUUGACAUUACGCUUUGCGCCCAAAGACGCCAACAAACGGAGGAGACGGACAACCGGUUCUUCUGGAAUCGCAUGAUGCACAUCCACCUGAUGCGCUUCGGCAUCGACUGCCAGUCCUGGCUGCUGCAGGCCAUGUGCGGUUCCGUGGAGGUGCGCACCGUCUACAUUGGCGCCAAGCAGGCCAGGGCCGCCAUCAUUUCCCGGCUGAGUUGCGAACGAGCGGGCACGCGGUUCAAUGUGCGCGGCACCAACGAUGAGGGCUAUGUCGCCAACUUCGUGGAAACGGAGCAGGUGAUCUAUGUCGAUGGUGACGUGACCAGUUAUGUGCAGACCAGAGGCUCCGUCCCGCUCUUCUGGGAACAGCCCGGCGUCCAGGUGGGCUCGCACAAGGUGAAGCUAUCGCGUGGUUUCGAAACCUCGGCCGCCGCCUUCGAUCGGCACAUGAGCAUGAUGAGGCAACGAUAUGGCUACCAAACUGUGGUCAAUCUACUGGGAAGCUCAAUGGUCGGCAGUAAGGAGGGAGAAGCCAUGCUAAGCAACGAGUUCCAGCGCCAUCAUGGAAUGUCCGCCCACAAGGAUGUGCCGCAUGUCGUGUUUGACUACCACCAGGAGUGCCGCGGUGGCAAUUUCUCGGCGCUCUCGAAGCUCAAGGAGCGCAUCGUGGCCUGUGGGGCCAACUACGGCGUCUUCCACGCGUCCAACGGUCAGGUGUUGCGCGAACAGUUCGGCGUGGUGCGCACCAAUUGCCUGGACUGUCUGGACAGGACGAACUGUGUCCAGACCUACCUCGGAUUGGACACGCUCGGUGUCCAGUUGGAGGCCCUGAAAAUGGGCGGCAAGCAGCAGAAUAUCUCGCGGUUCGAGGAAAUCUUCCGACAGAUGUGGAUAAACAAUGGAAAUGAAGUGAGCAAAAUCUACGCUGGCACCGGAGCAAUCCAGGGUGGUUCCAAAUUGAUGGACGGAGCACGAUCGGCAGCAAGAACCAUACAGAAUAACUUACUGGAUAAUUCGAAACAGGAAGCCAUCGAUGUGCUGCUGGUUGGGUCCACUUUAAGCUCAGAGCUGGCCGAUCGGGCUCGCAUCCUGCUGCCCUCCAACAUGCUGCAUGCUCCCACCACCGUUUUGAGGGAGCUGUGCAAGCGCUACACGGAAUACGUGCGUCCGCGGAUGGCGCGAGUUGCUGUGGGCACCUACAACGUCAACGGCGGCAAGCAUUUCCGCAGCAUUGUGUUCAAGGAUUCGUUGGCUGACUGGCUGCUUGAUUGCCAUGCCCUCGCCCGCUCCAAGGCGCUUGUGGAUGUGAACAAUCCGUCGGAGAACGCCGAUCAUCCGGUGGAUAUCUAUGCCAUUGGAUUUGAGGAAAUCGUGGAUCUGAAUGCAUCCAACAUAAUGGCGGCGAGCACGGAUAAUGCGAAGCUUUGGGCUGAGGAGCUGCAGAAGACGAUCUCGCGGGACAAUGACUACGUUUUGCUCACGUACCAGCAACUGGUGGGCGUUUGCCUGUACAUCUACAUCCGACCAGAACAUGCACCGCACAUCCGUGAUGUGGCCAUUGACUGUGUAAAGACGGGAUUGGGCGGUGCCACCGGAAACAAGGGCGCCUGUGCUAUUAGAUUUGUGCUCCAUGGCACCUCCAUGUGCUUCGUGUGCGCCCACUUUGCAGCCGGUCAAUCCCAGGUGGCUGAAAGGAACGCAGACUAUGCGGAGAUCACCAGGAAGUUGGCUUUCCCAAUGGGCAGGACCCUCAAGUCGCACGAUUGGGUGUUUUGGUGCGGCGACUUCAACUACCGCAUCGACAUGGAAAAGGACGAGCUGAAGGAGUGCGUUCGCAACGGCGAUCUAACUACCGUCCUGGAAUUUGAUCAGCUGCGCAAGGAGCAGGAGGCGGGCAAUGUGUUUGGGGAGUUCCUCGAGGGAGAGAUCAGCUUCGACCCAACGUAUAAAUACGAUCUGUUCAGCGAUGACUACGAUACGUCCGAAAAGCAACGUGCGCCCGCCUGGACAGAUCGAGUGCUCUGGCGGCGAAGGAAGGCGCUGGCCGAAGGGGAUUUCGCUGCCUCAGCUUGGAAUCCCGGGAAGCUGAUCCACUAUGGACGUUCGGAGCUGAAGCAGAGUGACCACCGACCCGUGAUUGCCAUUAUCGAUGCAGAGAUCAUGGAGAUUGAUCAGCAGCGAAGACGCGCUGUUUUCGAGCAGGUGAUCCGGGAUCUGGGUCCACCGGAUUCCACGAUUGUGGUGCAUGUACUGGAGUCCUCGUCGUCGCCGGAUGAGGAUGGACCCACCAUCUACGACGAGAACGUAAUGUCAGCUUUAAUUGCCGAGCUGUCCAAGAUGGGAGAGGUCACCUUGGUGCGCUACGUGGAGGACACCAUGUGGGUCACUUUCCGUGAUGGCGAGUCCGCCUUGAAUGCUGCCUCCAAAAAGAGCAUUCAAGUCUGCGGAUUAGAUCUUGUCCUGGAGCUGAAGUCCAGAGACUGGCAGCAUCUGGUGGACAGCGAAAUCGAGCUGUGCACCACCAACACCAUACCGCUGUGCGCCAAUCCAGCGGAGCAUGCCCAGCUGCUGCAGGCCAUCACGCCGGAGGUGCCGCAGCGACCCAAGCAACCGCCGUCACGUCCCCCAGCCCGCCCCCCAAUGCCAAUGUCGCCAAAGAACUCGCCACGCCACCUGCCCCACGUCGGGGUGAUCAGCAUUGUGCCCAAGCCGGCGAAGCCACCGCUACCACCUCAACCGCAAGCCCAGCCGCUCAUGCCCUCGCCGCUUCAGCCGCAGCCGGCACCACCCCGCCCGCCGGCGAUGGACAACACACCAUCCUCGAAAUCACAAUCGCCCACGGAACUGGCCUCGGCCAGCUCGUCCACCUCCUCCUCGGGCAAGGCUUCGCCCACGGCUCCGGCUGUGCUCUCCGGACCGCCGACACCGCCGCGCCAAAUGCAGAGCAAGCAGGCCACGCCGGUAUCGACGCCCACGCGCCAAGUGCCGUCGCCCAAAGAUCCGAUUCCACCCGAUACCGCCUACGAAACCGCCAGUAAUAUUUACGAGGAGAUCCAGGAGGACGUGCCGGCGCCACGCCAUCCGCCGCCGGCAGGGCCACCGCCCGUAAUAGGAGGAGCACCGAUGGGUCCGCCGCCUCCGCUGCCGAAUCGUCGGGGCCCACCACCCAUACCAAAUAGGAGCGGCAAUGCUCCACCGCUGCCCACGCGACCAGCCAACAACUGAGCACCAAGCCACGCAUUCAGGCUCGCUGUCUUGCACUCCGAUUGCAUUCCGAAUCGCUGUAUUUAAUGUUAAAUAUACUCGAAUAUAUUGGGCCACCCGGGAGAAGAACUCCUGGCAAUAUCUGCACUUCGCAUGGAAUCUCUAUGUUACUAGUAUUAUACCUGCUUGUUUGUUUCGAUAGUUUCUAGCCGAAGCCAAACAAAACUUAAAGUAAACUAAUUAGUUCCACUUAGUAAAAAAAACCCAGGCGACCAACCUUAUGUUACACUCUUUUUUGUACUUGUUUAACGCUGGCUAGAAGUACUCAACCCGAUCGAACCGGAUUUGCCCAAGACGAACAAAUAAUGAAAUAUAUAAGCGACAAAGUAUUAUACUACUCUGCAUAAAUGUAAUGUUUAAAUGAAUUAUAGCCGUACUAGUCAAAUUAUGAAAUAAAAGCAUAAGCUCUGGAGCAGCAAACGAACUCUGUAACAGAUUCCAGUAUGAACGAUAUACUUAAACAUAUAUAUCCAUUGUUACUGAACAACUAUUGACGAAAAUUACCUAUUAUUCCACAUUGUUAAACUAUCGUUGUAAUCGGUCAAUUUGAGGCUACAUUCAGAUUUGUGUUUCCGUUGGCUAAAGAAGUAUAUCAAUGAAAUUGAGAAUUUGCAAUUACUCUGUUAAAAAAGUUGAAGUUACGCCUAAGAUUAAAUUAAUCCCCAACCGAAUGACAUACCAAUUAGAAUACAAAACAAUAAACCAGUUGGACCGCUGUAGUCGCUAUUCCAACCACAUGAUACCCGCUAAAAA